AUGCUGAUUGCGUUCUGUUUUCUUCUUGGAUUAUUCUACGGUAUAUGUGGCCGUCGGCCAACAUUCUAUAAUGACGAUUGCUGUGUACGAUCAACUGGUGGACGCUUUUACUCAUGUGGAAUUUGGUUGGUUAUAUUAACGUUUACUGUGCUUUCUGUAAUAACGGCUGUGCUGUUCUUCUUUGUCGGGAACACUUCUGAUAUAGUGUGCCGAACUCUACGCGAUCCACUUUCACGUAAUGACAUUAUUGAGCUGGGCGAACGAUACUUGGAUAUAAUGCGCAAUAAAGGACACUCUGAUGAUGAUCUGGUAUCGCAACUGCGUGAUCAUUCUCUGGCAGAUGUGAUACGAGCCUGUCAACGUAAUGAAACACUUUACGACAUAUUUCAACUCGAUAAAAAAUACAAUUUGAAACGACUGAAGACGCUUGUGAAAGAAUAUGUCGACAAAUUGGAAAGAUUCCUCAACAUCACACUGACGGACCUCCCAGCUAUAGGGCCUAUGAAUAAUAUAAUAUCAAAUGCCGAUUUUGAGCGUCUGCAAAAACUCGCAGCAGGACUCAACCAGUCUGAAAAUCAACGUUUUCCCCUCGCAGAGAUCAACUCUUCACUAUCGAACCUGGAAAUUCAAUCGAAACUGAACAUUCUCGAGAGCCAGACCGAAAAGCCUGCGGGUCUACCAAAUGCAGUAAAAUCGAUGUUGGAUCAGGUUCGAGAGGUCGAUAAACAUUUCGGUCAACCCCUUCGACUCCAGCUCACGUCGCUAAUGAAAAACUUGACACGACUCAAUAAAAGGCUUGAAGAAAUAGAAAUGCCAGUGGGUACGUUGCUGAGUAAGCUUCAACAUGCUCAAGCUCUUCUUUCUGAAAAUUUGCGAGGCACUAUAGAAAAAGCUGCUGGGCAAGUACGGGACGAUAUAGUGUCCAAUAUCAAUCAAUAUAUCGAUCACGUUAAGUAUCAGAUGCAACACGACAUCUCGUCCUGUGCCCCCGUUGGAGCGAUAAUUUCGUCGUCAACAGCCGCAGUUUGUGAUUAUACGAUCGAUCCAUUGAAUGGUGCCUGGAUGUCCAUGCUGAUAAGUCUGUGUGCCUUGUGCCAAUGGUUAUUUUUGCUACUGCACUUAUUAAUCUGUACGGAAAAAUGCACUCAUUUCCAAAAUGUGUUGUGGAAACGCCACCUGAUCAUCAUCAUUUGUCCUCAUUUAUCACAGAUACUUAUGAAACACGACAAAAGCCUGGCUACUCAAAUUACUCUUACACGGAUAAUUAUCAUCGCACUUUCCGGUAGCACUAAUGGCUAG